UCAAGUGACAGUUUUGUCGUGUCGUGUCACACUUUUCAGUGAAAGCGGUUUGUUGUUACGAUAGUUGUACCUGUAGAUGGUGGUAAACCCGUGAAAAGUUAAUCAGCAGGAUAUUUAAAGGAAAAAUAUCCUUUUGAACCGCGUUUUUUGCGAGGAAUUAAAAUCGAUUAAUCGGCAAGCGAUCACGAUGGGAAUAAAAUUUCUCGAGGUGAUAAAACCUUUCUGCAGUAUUCUACCGGAGAUAGCGAAACCAGAACGAAAGAUCCAAUUUAGAGAGAAGGUACUAUGGACGGCCAUCACACUAUUCAUAUUCCUGGUCUGCUGUCAAAUCCCACUUUUUGGCAUAAUGAGCUCCGAUUCAGCCGAUCCCUUUUACUGGAUUCGUGUCAUUUUGGCGUCGAACCGAGGUACCCUUAUGGAAUUGGGUAUUUCUCCGAUUGUUACAUCUGGAUUGAUUAUGCAGCUACUAGCUGGCGCUAAAAUCAUUGAAGUGGGUGAUACUCCGAAAGACCGAGCUUUGUUCAAUGGAGCACAAAAAUUGUUUGGAAUGGUUAUAACAGUGGGACAAGCGAUUGUCUACGUCAUGACCGGAAUGUAUGGGGAUCCAGCGGAGAUAGGAGCCGGCGUUUGUCUGCUGAUCAUUAUCCAGUUAUUUGUAGCUGGAUUGAUUGUGUUGUUAUUGGAUGAACUACUUCAGAAAGGAUACGGAUUGGGAUCAGGAAUUUCAUUGUUCAUUGCAACUAACAUUUGCGAAACCAUUGUUUGGAAGGCGUUCUCUCCCGCUACUGUUAAUACGGGUCGUGGUACUGAAUUCGAAGGAGCCGUCAUUGCUCUGUUCCAUCUGCUGGCCACACGGCAGGACAAAGUGCGCGGGCUGCGAGAAGCAUUCUAUCGUCAGAACCUACCAAAUUUGAUGAACCUUCUGGCAACCGUUCUUGUGUUUGCCGUAGUGAUAUACUUCCAGGGCUUCCGCGUGGAUCUGCCAAUCAAAUCUGCUCGGUAUCGUGGCCAGUACAGCAGUUAUCCAAUUAAAUUAUUCUACACAUCCAAUAUCCCAAUCAUUCUACAAUCAGCUCUUGUUUCCAACCUGUACGUGAUAUCGCAAAUGCUCGCAGUUAAAUUUCAUGGUAACUUCUUGAUCAACAUGCUUGGUGUGUGGGCUGAUGUUGGAGGUGGUGGCCCAGCUCGUUCCUAUCCGAUUGGUGGUCUGUGCUAUUAUCUCUCACCACCUGAAUCGCUAGGACACAUCGUUUCCGAUCCGAUUCAUGCUGUGCUUUAUAUCGUAUUUAUGUUGGGUUCGUGCGCAUUCUUCUCCAAGACGUGGAUCGACGUUUCCGGCAGUUCAGCUAAAGAUGUUGCCAAACAACUUAAGGAGCAGCAGAUGGUGAUGCGUGGUCAUCGUGAGAAUUCAAUGAUUCAUGAACUGAACAGAUAUAUUCCGACGGCGGCCGCAUUUGGUGGCCUUUGCAUCGGUGCUCUAUCCGUGAUAGCGGAUUUCAUGGGUGCCAUCGGUUCUGGAACCGGUAUUCUGCUAGCCGUUACAAUCAUCUACCAGUACUUCGAGAUCUUCGUCAAGGAGCAGAGCGAGAUGGGUGGAAUGGGAACGCUGCUAUUCUAAGUCGGGCGCGGUGCAGCAUCUCUCGAGAGAUGAUCUUUUACUAUUUGCUUAAGUUAAGCGCAUUUGGUGAAAUGUGAUUGAAAAACGAUAUCGCCGGGGCAAAUCACUACAAUUUACGGAAGUAAAGAAGUAAAUUGUAAUUUGAUUUGAGGGAAGAAGACACUAGAACAAGUUACGUGCAUUAAUGCUAUCUGCUGAACCGGGCAAGCAUAAGCAGGCUUUGUUUUGCAAGGAAUGUGAGACAACUUUUCAACUGAAAACCAGAAAUAAUUGUUUACUUAUAAUUUUAAUUCAUUCCUUAUAAAAAAUUAUACAAAUAUGUACUAGAACGCGAUAGCGCAAAUGAUGUCAAUAAAAAUGUGUAGAAAAAUAUAAACAAAGA